AUGUUUAACAACUCUUCGCCGUACACCGCGAAAACCACCGCCGGAGGAGGAGGAGGAGUAGGAGACGCGUCGUUCCCACCUCAGUCGCCUUUUGCAUCCGGUGGAGGACAACACCAACAAGGACAACACCACCAAUUUGGAUCGACGGGGAAUCCGUUUGAAAAUCAAAGAGCGAGGACGACACCAACGACGACGCCGUUCGGAAACGAAACCAGCCGCAACAACGAAGCCCCGACGCCUUUUGGAGGACGAGGCGUUGGUGGGUCGUCGUCCCUGUUUACCAGCUCACCGGCACCGAAUGCGAAUACUAGUACUUUUGUUGGAAACAAAGAUGAUGUGUCACCACCACCAGUGGGAAACGUCUUCCAACGGAACCCGUCUGGGGUGAACUUGGGGUAUUACGAACCAACCGCGCGCGCGUUCGCGAACGACGGCCAAAUGCAAAUUCCGAGUCCACAAAAACAAGGACAAGGAGGAGGACAUUUGAGAGAACACGUGGCGCCGAAAUUUAGCUCGAUGUUGUUUUCGAGCACGCAAAGAGGCGCGGGAUUGAACCCGCAAAAGUUGGAUUCGCCGUCCGGCGGAGGAGGCGGCGGCGCGAGCGGGAAAGACGAUUUGUUCGCCGCGGAUAUUAGGAGGAAGGAGAUGGCGGAGAGAGAGGUGAAUUUUGGAAACGUGAACGCGAAAGGGAUGCCGCUUUUUACGAGAGAUGCUGGGAAAGGUGGGACGGUCGGCCGGGGAGGGAGGAGGACGAGCAUCGGAUCUCGAGCGACGACGGAAGAAAGAAUGAACAACGAAGAGCGAUCGAAAGGUGGCGCUUCGGCGACGACUGCGAGUUUAGGUACGGCAUACGCGACGAGGAAUGCCGAGGUGGACGCCAACGAUCCAGCGGCGGUGGAGGCAGCCAUGGCGAGCGUCCAAACGCCGUGUUGGGUGACCGUGUAUGGUUUUACCAACGACGACGCGACGUUCGUUUUGUCGAAACUGCAGAAAAUAGGAGACGUGGUAAACUUUGGACAAUUUUUACCGCCGAACGACGACGACGACGAUUUCUUAGAUGAGGACUACGAUGACGCUUUCAAAGCGAGGAGGAAACUGGAAGAGUCGCCGAGUAGAAAGAAGAGUCCGUUUAGCCGAAAUACCGACGGUAACGCGAAUGGCUUUUCACCUAGAAAAUACCACGGAAGCCCGCAAUAUACUCGUAAAUUCGGUUCACACUCGGCGAUAGGUAGCGCGAAUUGGCUGCACGUGAAGUUUCAAAAACCUGAGUUUGCAAAACGCGCGUUGCAGUUGAACGGAACGCGCAUAUCCGAUCGAAUUAUGAUUGGCGUGAAACCGUUGUCGGAGAAGGACGCGAGAUAUAUCGGCGGCGUUUGCGACGAUGUCGAUGAUUUUGGGAGCAAUAAGAGAAACAGCAUCGAUCGAUCGCCGAGGGGCGGUGGGAAUAAGCGGACAAUGUUGAAUGGAAGCGCUUCGGUAGCUUUGCAACCGAGAAGAGGCACUUGGAACAAAGUCGUCGAGUUCGUUUUCGGGGCUUGA